AAAGCCAACUAAUUACCAUCGUCUCUAGCGCAGCUGUUGAUAAAAUUCUGUAAUAUUUAUUUAUUUUUUCUGUAUUAUAUAUCUUUCUGUGCCACCUUCUAAUUAUUACUGAGAGAAAAGAGAACGCCCCGCUCCGCUUUGCUGUCCUUUCUUUUUAACCAACAAACCCUUUCAAAAAUAAUAAUGAUUCAAAAAAUUGUAAAAACCCUGAAGAUUCCACUGCUAAAAAGAAAAACAAAAUUUCUAUUUUUUUAAAUAAAAAAACCUUCUUCUUGAGAUUGACAAGCAGAUCUCUCAAACGAAAAUAAAUUAAUAAAUUCACCCAUAUACAAACCAUCUUCAAUAAAAACCCUUUUGAAGGAAAAAAUAAUUCACCACCCUCUUUUCUCUGUUAAUAGCUGUAAGUAAAUUGCAAGCCCUUGCCAAGAGGGGGCCAAGGAAGAGAAAGAAAGAAGAAGCUUGUCGUAUCUAAAAAAUCAUAUAUGCUGGGUGGAAGUGACACCACCGGUGGCGCCGUCGCUGCUGCUACUGCCAUGGUUACCCGCAGCGGAGCUCGAGAUGGAAGCAGUGAAGCUGCUGCUGCCGCCAUGCUUGGCUCCAACGGCAAUAAUAACAAUUCGGGUGAAGAUGAUAGAGGGAGGGUUGAUGAAGGUGACCGUUCUUUGGGAGGCAACAGAUGGCCGAGGCAGGAGACUUUGGCACUCUUGAAAAUAAGGUCCGACAUGGAUGUUACCUUUCGUGACGCUAGCGUUAAGGGUCCAUUAUGGGAAGAGGUUUCCAGGAAACUAGCAGAGCUCGGUUAUCAUCGAAGGGCCAAGAAAUGCAAGGAGAAAUUCGAGAACGUUUACAAGUAUCAUAAGAGAACCAAAGAUGGCCGAACUGCUAAAUCAUAUGGCAAGACUUAUCGGUUUUUCGAUCAAUUAGAAGCCCUCGAAAAUAAUCCUUACAUUCGAUCGCCAGUAGCAGCACCACUACCACCAACGCAACUAAAGCCUCAAGGUCAGCCAGCAGCUAAUCCUCCGAGUCUGACCCAUGUCACUGUUCCAUCAACAACACUCUCCAAUUUGCCACAGAACGUUGUACCACCAAAUAUAAACCAUACAGCCCCUUCCUGCCCAUCAACAAACCCUACAAUUCAACCCCCACCACCGACAACAAACCCUACAAUUCCUUCUUUUCCUACCAUUUCAGCAGAUCAAAUGUCGAAUUCGACCUCCUCAUCGACCUCAUCAGAUUUAGAAUUAGAAGGUCGGAGGAAGAGGAAAAGAAAAUGGAAGAAUUUUUUUGAGAGGCUAAUGAAGGAGGUGAUUCGGAAGCAGAAGGGGAUGCAGAAGAAAUUCUUGGAAGCAAUAGAGAAAUGUGAGCACGAAAGAAUGGUCCGUGAAGAAGCUUGGAGGAUGCAGGAAAUGGCAAGAAUAAAUAAAGAACGCGAGAUAUUAGCCCAAGAAAGAUCAAUGGCAACGGCAAAGGAUGAUGCAGUAAUGGCGUUCUUGCAAAAAUUAUCUGAGCAGCAAAAUCCAGGGCAUGCACAAACUAAUGCAAUACCGUCUCAGCAACCGCAACCGCCUGCACCACAGCCAGUAUUGGCAGUGGCACCGGCAGUGGCCCCAGUAGCGCAGCCAGUAGCUGCAGCAGUGUCAGCGCCUGCUCCACCACUAGUACCGCUGCCAGUGGUGAAUUUAGAUGUGUCAAAGACUGAUAAUGGCGAUCAAAGUCACACACCAAGCUCUUCAAGAUGGCCUAAAGUUGAGACUGAAGCAUUGAUUAAGCUAAGGACUAGUCUUGACUCUAAAUACCAAGAUGGUGGUCCCAAAGGACCAUUAUGGGAGGAGAUAUCAUCUGCAAUGAAAAAGCUUGGUUACAAUCGCAACGCCAAAAAAUGCAAAGAGAAAUGGGAGAACAUAAACAAGUACUUCAAGAAGGUUAAAGAAAGCAACAAGAAAAGGCCCGAGGAUUCAAAGACAUGUCCCUACUUUCACCAACUUGACGCUUUAUAUAGAGAAAAGAACAAACAUGAUUGCUCCUCCAAUCAAUUAAAACCCGAAAACUCAGUCCCAUUGAUGGUACGCCCAGAGCAGCAAUGGCCCCCUCCUCCUCCGGAGCCCAAUCACCACGAACAGGAUCAUGUAAUGGAAGACAUGGAAAGCGAUCAAAAUCAAGACGAAGACGACAAGGAGGGCGAUGUUGAGGAGGAAGAUGAAGGGGAUGGCUAUGAAAUUAUAGUCAGCAAACCGGUUUCAAUGGGCACAGGUGGGUGAUAUCAGUGUCAGAAACAAACCAGCUAGCACUGUCAAAUUUCAUUGGCCAGGACUCAGGCAGAUAAAUGUAAAGAAGCAAUUCUUUUGAGUUGAUGUUCUAGCAGCUAUCAGUCCGGUGAGUGGGCCAGGAAUAUCCGGUAAAGGUGCAUUGGAGUGGAAGCAUUUGAAUUGAAUUUUUAUAGGCGAGUACACAUUGGUGGGGUUGUAGCAUAAUUUGUAUGUUUAUUUUCAUUAUUAUUAUUAUUUUUGGCUAAAUAAAUAAGUUGAGAGCGAGAAGUAGAUCAGAUAGUGAGGUUCAGAAUCUCAUUCCGCAAAAUAAACAGGAAAAAAUGAGACCAGUGCUGUAAUUUUUUUUGUGUUCACUAGGUUCAAGAAAAUUUUGAAUAAUUUCAAUUUCAAUUUAUUUUGA